UUGAACUAUGCAUUUAUUUGAGGGUCCAGAUUAACCAUACCAGACUUUCAGUUCAGUUCAGACACAAAAUGAAGUUUGUGUUCAUCUUGUUACUUGUUGCAAGGCUAUGUGAAUCUAAACCAGAAGACAGAUCAGCAAUGUCCAAAAUUUUAAAAGUAAAUGGUAACGACAAAACGUUAUUUUUUGGAGACGAAAAGUUAACAAAAGAAAAAAUGAGACAGCUUUUUCCAGAUCAGUUUGGUGUUUCAAGAAAAAGAAGAGGGCUAUCAAAGAAAGGUCUUAACAUCAGAUGGCCGAAUGGUGAAAUGCCUUACACUUUAUCUGACAACUUCUCUGAAACCGAAAAAAACAGCAUUCGCAACGCCCUAAAUAUCAUUAAGUCAGCAACUUGUAUCCAAUUCACCGAAUACGCAAUUACUAGUGCACCGCAAGAUCAUGUGGCUCUAUUUCCAGGAUCAGGGUGCUGGUCAUACAUUGGAAGAAUAGGGGGCGUACAACAAUUAUCUUUGCAACACUUCGGAUGUUUUACUUCAGGAAUAAUCAUACAUGAAGUACUUCACGCGCUUGGUGUUCACCAUGAACAAGCUAGAGCCGACAGAGAUGGUUUCGUUACAAUCAAUUUUCAGAAUAUACUAACUGGUCGUGAACGUAACUUUAACAAACGAGAUACUGAUAGCUUGGGCGUUAAAUACGAUCCGAAAUCAGUUAUGCACUAUGGCAAGUAA